UUUGGCAGGGUAGCAAGCGCUUUUUGCUUUCCGUAUGGCGAGCUUUCCCAACUCCCUCCCUCUAGACAUCAAUAAUUGAGGCCAUCCGCCGAUAACACUAGCCAUCCCACGAAAGUUUCAACCCUAGAGGAUUUCCUCUCUCUUCUGUAGGAGGGGCUCUAGUCCAGCGAUCGAUAUGGCGGCACUAAUACCGAUUGGAGGAUCGAUCGCUUCCGCUGUGUUGGACAACUUGGUCGGCCAGGUGAGCUCCGAUGCCAUCCAGCAGUUCGGGCGGCACUCGGGACUUCAGGAUGACCUCAGGAGGCUGCGGACUACUCUGCUACGGACACGCUUCGUCCUUAACAGCGCCGAGAAGAAGCGCACCAAAGACGACAACCUGACCCGGAUACUCCAAGAACUCAAAGAUGCUGCGUAUGAUGCUGAAGACUUGCUGGAUGAAUUCGACUACCAAGUCCAGCAGCAACAGGCUGAAAGCCAAAAGAAUCUGGAAGGUAACUUCAUAUCUUCUUCUCUUAUAACUCGUGCCAGAAAUUUGUUCAAUCGUGACGGUGAUGCUGUGACUAGAGUGAGGGAGGUUAUGGGGAGGUUAGAUAGGAUUGCUGAUGAUAUGGAAAGAGUCAUUAGACUCCUGGAUUUAGAUGAUGAAGGGGAAAAAUAUAAGAGCUCGGUGAGACGAGAGUCAAGCUCCUUCUUAACUGAACCAAAAGUGUUUGGCCGAGAAAAAGAAAAGGAAAAGGUGAUAAAACUGCUGUUAAAGUCAAGUGAUGCAACUGAACCCAGUGAUGAUGAUCUUGUCCGUAUUUGUUCAAAGAGACUAAAGAAAGAUAGUAUUUCUGUUUUGCCAGUGGUCGGUAUCGGAGGGAUCGGAAAAACUACUCUUGCUCAGCUCAUUUACAAUGAUGCGAAGGUUGAUGGUUAUUUUAAUUUAAAGAUAUGGGUUUGUGUGUCUGAUAAUUUUGAUGUGAAAAGGCUAACUAAAGAGAUAAUAGAGUCUGUUACCCCAGAGACACAGUGUGAUCACCAAAAUCUGAAUUGCCUUCAAGAGAUCCUUAAGAAGAAGAUAAUGUCAAAGAGAUUCCUACUCGUCCUUGAUGACGUCUGGAAUGAUGACAACAACAAAUGGGAUAGUCUGUUUGCGCCAUUAAGGUCCGGACUGCAGGGAAGCAAGAUCUUGGUAACAACUAGAUCUCAAAAGGUUGCAGAGAUGAUGGGCACAAUGGAGGCAGUCUUCCUAGAGGGUUUAGCAAAUGAUGCCUAUUGGGAAUUUUUCAGGAGACAUGCAUUUGGUUCUCAAAACCCCGAAGAACAUCCUGAGUUGGAAGAUAUUGGCAAGAAGAUUGCUGACAGGCUGAAGGGAUCGCCACUUGCAGCAAAGACGCUGGGAGGCCUAUUAAAUUUGGACUUGGAUGAGAGGCACUGGAGAUCCAUCAUGAUCAGUGAAAUAUGGGAACUAAAACAACGUGAAGAUGACAUUAUACCGGUCUUACGGUUGAGCUAUCAGUACCUACCUGCACACCUGAAGCAGUGUAUUACAUAUUGUUCUAUAUUUCCUAAAGCUUACGAAUAUGAAAAAGAUAAGCUAGUCCAACACUGGAUUGCACAAGGCUUUAUUGUACCUCAAGGAAAUGUGCGGAUUGAAGAGAUAGGGAGUGAGUACUUCCAUGAUUUACUUGGCAGAUCUUUCUUUCAGCAUUCUCGGGAGAAUAUAUAUGUGAUGCAUGAUUUGAUACAUGAUUUGGUACAAUCUGUCUCAGUUGACGAACAUCUAAGAAUAGAAGAUGGCAAAUGGCAGGAAAUCCCCAGUAGGCUUCGACACCUUUCAAUAUAUACGAAGAAUCUGGAGCUGAGCAAGCUAAGGGACUUUGGCAAAUAUAAGAAUCUGCGCACCCUUGUGUACAUAAAUUUGUAUGAUACACACUUUGGUUCUGUGCUUAAUUACUUGUUCACGGUGUCAACAAAGAUCCGUGUGUUGCAAUUAGGGAAUAAUUAUAUCACAGAGUUGCCUGAAAGUAUUGGCAACUUAAAACAUCUCCGAUACCUUAAUGUCUCUUACACCAGAAUUCUAAGGUUGCCUGAAUCACUGUGUAACCUUUACAAUCUUCUGGUGUUAAACAUAUCCCGCUGCCCAAUUGAGAACUUCCCUACAUGCAUGACUAACUUAGUUAAAUUGAGGCAGCUUGAAGCUGAUGAGAAGACAAUAUGCAAGUUGGCUAAUUUCGGGAAGUUAACCUCUCUCCAAGAGUUGAAAAUAUUCAAAGUUAUAAAGCAGAGAGGACACAAUAUUGAAGAAUUAAAGGAUAUGAUCCAGCUUCGUGGAAGACUUUGCCUUGAAAAUCUUGAGAAUGUUGAGAGUAAGCAAGAGGCCAGUCUGGCUAAGCUAAAUAAAAAACACUAUCUCGAUAAAUUAGAGUUGGUAUGGAACAGCUCUGCAGGGAACAAUGAUGAGGUACUUGAAGGCCUCCAACCACAUUCCAAUCUUCAACGUCUGGAAAUCAGAAACUAUGGUGGUGUCAGAUUUCCAAGUUGGGUGGACCCACAAUCACUCAAAAGUUUGAAAUCUAUUUGCCUAAAAAAUAUCCGAAGCUGCAGGGAACUUCCAUCUCUUGGACAGCUGCCAUUCCUCAAGAUUCUGCGCAUCAGAAAUAUGGAUGCGGUGAAACUAGUUGGUUAUGAAUUCUAUGGCUCCCCGGAGGUCAAAAGAUUCCCAUUGCUGGAAGAGCUGGAGAUUUCAAACAUGCUGGAAUGGGAAGAAUGGUUCAGAACAGAAGGUAUCCAAGUGUUUCCUCACCUGCUUAAGCUCCAUAUCAAGGAUUGCCCCAAGCUAAAAGGUUUAGCCUGCCUCCCUCCCUCGCUUAGAGAAUUGGAACUAAGGAAUGUGGGAAUAAAUAUGCUCCCAGAAUCAUGGGACGGAGACCAUGAUUUUACUGAUGACAGCAAGAUGACAGUGCGCAGCAGAAGCAGCAGCAGGACCUCUUCAAUUUCCGACAUGUAUAUCAAUGGGUGUCCAAACCUGGAAAAUCUGGAACAAUGGCUGUUGUUACACCACCUGCCGGCUAUCAAGAAAAUGAGUAUCAUUAGCUGUCAAAAGGUUGUGCGAUUGCCAAUGGAAAGGUUUAAAGAUUUUCUCUCCCUCGAGUACUUGGACAUCACAAGCUGUCCCUUGCUCCCGUCCCGUGCGCGACUGAUCCUCCCCUCUUCUCUCCGACAUCUUAAACUGAAUUCUUCAUGCGGUCAUCUGGAUGAGUCGCUACCCGACUGCCUGCAAAACCUCACCUCUCUCACCGACUUGCGUUUGGUUGGUUGCCCGCACAUAACAUCUAUUCCAGGAGAAGUGCUCAGUCACAUGAUAGCUCUCAACGAUUUGACUUUUUGGGACUGUAGAGAACUGAGGUCACUAGGGGGCUUACGAGCUCUCAGAUCUCUUGAAGAUUUGACCAUUAGAAGAUGUCCUCGGCUCACGGUAUUGGCAAAUGAGGAAGAGCAGGGCGAGGGUUUGGCAUAUCUUCGCAAUUUGUGCAUCGACGACACUGCGCUGGUCAAAGUGCUGUUCUCCACAAUCGCCCUGCCCUUUCUUCAAACACUCCAAAUCUGGGGCUCAACUCAACUCAUAUUAUUCGCUGGAGAGGAGCAAUUGUGGUUGCAAAGCCUCAAAUCUCUCAGACACCUAUACCUUGAAAAUUGCACCAAUCUUCAAUCCCUGCCAACAGAGUUGCGUGGCCUUUCCACCCUCCGAUAUUUGGAGAUAUCAAACUGCCCUGAGAUCCGCUCGCUGCCAGAGAAGGGCCUGCCUUCAUCCCUAACAGAAUUAUAUUUCGAGAAUUGUCAUCCGGUGUUAACGGAGCAAUUGAAAAGACACCAAGAAAUGAUGAUGAAGUCCCGAAUGUGAUUUCAUAGCCUACUUGGACAGAGUAUCUACUGGAAAAUGUUUCAGAGUCUCCGUCCAUUGUGGACACAAAAGUUCCUCCCCACUUGGCAAUACAGUAUUCAGCUACCUCGCACCAAUUCUCUGCGUUACACCAAUUCUCUCGUAAUAUGUGCGUGGAAUGUAUUGUUUGUGCGAGCAGAUGAGCGUUACUCUUUUGUAUGAUGGAUUGUUUUUAUUUAUGAUGAACUGCAAUGCUUGUGUGAAUAUAUGUAGACUGAUGAUUUGCGAAUGCACCAUGCCAUCAAGUACGCAUUUUAUUGAUGAAAAAUGUGUCUGGACUGAGACUUAUCUUGCACUGUAUAUGUCGUAUGGUUUACAUUAAUAAACAACAGUUCAAGUAGCCA